UUAUGAAAAUGUGUUGGGUUAUGAAUGUGGUUUUAAGUACUCCAAAGAUUCAAUAAGCAAUCCGACCAAUAAUGGCGAUGAAAUGUUGUUCAUCAUCCGGUUUAGAUUUUCAGGUUUGAAUUUGGGGAGACAAUUUUAGAUGUCUAUAAUUACAUUAUUGUUACAACAUUGUGUUGUUCUUUAGUCUAGUGUGUUAUAUUUACAUGUAUCAGGUUUGUCCUUAGCCUCUCCCAUUCAUAAAGGAUUUUUUUUUUAUUAUUAUUUUUUUUUUCCGAUAUAUUCAUCAUCAUAUAUUUCUAAAUUAUUUUAUGUACGUCGUAGUGCUAUUAUUCCACGUAGCUAACAGAUUACUCUUAAAUCACAAUCAAUCGUAACAAUAUCAACUAGCUAAGCUCCUCUUUCACCAUAUUAGUAAUUCAACAACAAAGCCAUUCUUAAUCACCAACAAAACAUCAACUAUCAUUUUCAUCAUUACCAUAAGUCAAUAAUUAAACCUUAAUUAUAAAAACCCCUUAUUAUAUUCAAACACCAAUCUCUAGACAAUUACAAACAUCCUUUUCAUUAACACAUACUCAACUUACAUAACUCUAUGUGUUAAAUUAAUGUUAAACAACCAUAUCAUAAAAAAAAAACAAAUUAAUAAAUAAAUAAAUAAAUAGAUAAAAGAUAUGAAAUAAUAGAGGAAGUACUAUAUAACAUAGAAUUAGGCCAUAGACCUAGACACACUAGGGUAAGGCCUUGUCACUCUCAUUCCCUUCCUAAUGGACCCUAACCCGAAUGACACUUAUUUAAAACACACCCUUUUACUUCUUCCCUUCACUUCCCCUUUUUAAAGUCACGAGACCCACCCUUUAUGUCUCACUUGCCAUCAAUAUUAAGUGAGUGAUAAAAUGAGUAUUCAGCUGACUGCCAGAGUGAACUGAAAGAAAUUUUACAAAAUCUUUCAAUUAUGUUUUAAUUUUUUCUUCUUUACUACCUUCAAACUACAACUAGAAGUUAGUUUCAAACUCGGAGUUUACUAGUCACUCAACUCGCUCUUAGCUUCUUUCUUCGUUUACUACUACUGUUUCCAUCCAUGAGGCCAGAGGGGAGCCCAUUGGACCUAAAUUAUUUGCCGGAGGAUUUCACUAGAGAUGGCAAACAAUUGUAUGAAGACACUUCUACUUCUGGACAUAAGAAAAAGAAGAACAAAGAUGAAAGUGGGAAGGUGUAUGAGUGUAGGUUUUGCUCCCUCAAGUUCUGCAAAUCUCAAGCCCUUGGUGGUCACAUGAACCGCCACCGCCAAGAGAGAGAGACAGAAACGCUAAACAAGGCUCGGCAACUGGUGUAUAGCUCUGAUAACCCUCCCCUUCCGGUUCCUCACCACCCUCUCACCCACUUAGGGUCUUAUGUGCCACCAAGUGCAAUAUAUCACCAACCACCACCACCUCCACCACAACAAGUCUACCCAACAAGACCAAUUAUGUUCUCCGGUGGCGCAUCAUCAACAGUUCUACAACCACAACAACAAUAUCAUCAUCAUCAUCAACAACCAUGCUUGUACACCACGACGCCACCGCCACGUAUAUUUCCAUCAGGGGACUACUACAUGGCACAUGGCCAUGCACUCACCGGAUCAUCCCCCACAAACUAUACUUGCAUCGGAGCACCAGUAAGCUUACCAGGGUUCACCGGACCAACAGGCGGGCGCGACGGUCUAGACCAAGAAGAUGGACUAACAAGUCCAUAUUAAUUUAAUAUUAACCAUGCAUUUUAAUAUAACCCU